CUUGCAGUGACUACUGUUAAUUCUAUUUAAAAUGGGUGUAAAGAAGAAGAAAGAAAUGCAAGUUGCUGUGUUGACCAUUUGCCAUCAGGACCUUGAAACUUUGAAAUCUUUUGCUGAUGUGGAAGGGAAAAAUCUAGCUUCUUUGCUGUUACGUUGUGUACAACUCACGGAUGGAGUGUCACAAAUCCAUUAUGUUAAACAAAUUGUGCCUUUGCUGGAGAAAGUAGAUGAAAAUGGCGUGUGUGAUCCCACUAUUCAAAGUUGUUUGGAUAUUUUAGCAGGCAUUUAUCUUUCUUUGAGUCUAAAGAAUCCCUUGAAGAAAGUAUUGGCAAG